CAGCUGUGUGUGCGCGUGCAUGUGUCUGUGUGGACGCGGUUGUUUGUUUGUGUUUCUGUGGUUCGUGUAGAAGGGGACACGUACGGAUUAAAGGGGAUUUCAAGGCAUGACAGUUCAUGCAGGGUAUCGAAUGAGGAACCCGACCACCGGGGGCUGCCGGUGUUUGUGGUGAAGAGCCGCUCAGCAAACCAUGCAGGAUGAUUUACUGAUGGACAAAAACAAAGCCCAGCCUCACCAUCAGCAAGAUCCGACGCGAGUAGACCCCCCUCCCUCCACCCGGACCCCGUCAUCGGAACCCACGUCUUCCUCAUCGGAGUCGGAGAGCCCGUCGACCGGGAGCAAGCAGGCGGCGUCACCGCGGAACGGCAGCAGCAGCAGCAGCGAGGACACCGCGCCGCCGAUGGAGUCGCCGAUCCUGCCCGGGUUGAGCGUCCACCACCAGCCGCAGGAGACCGGCGGGCCCCUCUCCUCGCCGUCCUCCUCUUUCGGGAGCACUUGGUCCACGGGGACCUCGACCGCCGCGGACGACAGCUUUUUCCAGGGAAUACCGUCGGUGAACGGCACCAUGCUGUUCCAGAACUUCCCCCACCACGUCAACCCGAUCUACGGGGGGAACUUCUCGCCGCAGAUCGGUCUGGCUGCGCAGACCCAGCAGCAGCAGCAGCAGCAGCAAGCCCAGCUGAGGAGGUCCCCUGUCAGCCCCAGCCAAGGCUCGUUCCCCCUGCAGAGAAACGCGUAUCAGACCAUCAUGAACCACAGCAAAGGGUCGUCGUCCUCGUCGUCGUCUUCUUCUUCUGCCUCGUCGUCCGCUUGGAAUAAUCACCAGAACGCCGCGUGGAGCACCGCCUCCAACCCCUGGAGCGGGCUGCAGGCGGGCCGGGACCCGCGCCGGGCGGUCGGCGUCGGGGUGCCGUCCACCAUGAACCCCAUCUCGCCCAUGAAGAAGCCCUACGCCAGCAAUGUCAUCGCGCCCCCCAAGUUCCCGAGACCGGGUCCCCUCGGGCCCAAGCCCUGGAUGGAUGACAGCGCCUUCAGGACGGACAACGGCAACAACAUCCUGCCGUUCCAGGACCGGAGUCGGCCCUUUGAUGCCUUCAGCUUGCACUCUCUGGAGAACUCCUUGAUGGAUAUGAUCCGGACCGACCACGACAAAGGACGCAUGGGCCUGAACUUCCAUCAUCCCGGAGCGGAGCACAUCAUGCCGUUGAACACCCGGAGCUAUGGCCGCAGAAGAGGUCGUUCCUGUCUCUUCCCCUUUGAAGACGGUUUCCUCGACGACGGUCACGGCGACCCCUCCUUGACCCCGGCCCUGAACUCGCCGACCCGCUGUCAGAACGGAGAGCGGAUGGAGCGCUACUCCAGGAAGGUGUUCGUGGGCGGCCUCCCCCCCGACAUCGACGAAGAUGAAAUCACCAACAGUUUCCGUCGCUACGGCCACCUGGUGGUGGACUGGCCGCACAAAGCCGAGAGCAAAUCCUACUUCCCACCCAAAGGCUACGCCUUCCUGCUCUUCCAGGAAGAGACUUCUGUCCAGGCCUUGAUCGACGCCUGCAUCGAAGAGGACGGCAAGCUCUACCUGUGUGUGUCCAGUCCCACCAUCAAAGACAAACCGGUCCAGAUCCGCCCCUGGAACCUGAGCGACAGUGACUUUGUGAUGGACGGCUCCCAGCCUCUGGACCCCCGCAAGACCAUCUUUGUCGGGGGGGUGCCGCGGCCGCUGCGUGCAGUGGAGCUCGCCAUGAUCAUGGACCGGCUGUACGGCGGCGUCUGCUACGCCGGCAUCGACACCGACCCCGAGCUCAAGUACCCGAAGGGCGCCGGCCGCGUGGCCUUCUCCAACCAGCAGAGCUACAUCGCCGCCAUCAGCGCUCGCUUCGUCCAGCUGCAGCACAACGACAUCGACAAACGGGUGGAGGUGAAGCCGUACGUCCUGGACGACCAGAUGUGCGACGAGUGCCAGGGCGCGCGCUGCGGGGGAAAGUUCGCCCCGUUCUUCUGCGCCAACGUCACCUGCCUGCAGUACUACUGCGAGUUCUGCUGGGCCAGCAUCCACAGCCGGGCCGGCCGCGAGUUCCACAAGCCGCUGGUGAAGGAGGGCGGCGACCGGCCACGGCACGUGUCCUUCCGCUGGAGCUGAGGGGGCGGCGGGGGGGGGUCGCCGAGUCCGCCCCGCACACGACCUUUAGAAACCCCGCCCCCCCCACCCAGGACCGCGCUGGAAGCCCCACCCACAGCCCCGCCCACAGCCCCGCCCCCUCCACCCGGCUCCACCCGCAAACACCUCGCGAAAAAAAUGAAAGCAUAAAAAAGAAGAAUAGAAAGACGCGGGACUCUCUUCAUCCCACGCAUUGGGGGGGGGGAAAAGUCUAUCAGCUUAGAAUUUGCACUUUGGCACAACACACACACACACGCACACACACACCGGCUACUUUCAGUUCCCUGGUGGUUGGUACUUCUGGACUGAGAGGCGGGGCCAUACAAAUAUUUAAAAAGUAUAUAUUUUUUGUUUGUUUUGUACCUAUAUAUAGACACACAUAGAUAAUUAAACAUUUUAUUUUAUGUAAAAAGGAGCAUGCACUUAUUUUGAAAAGCUGUAGUUAUUUUGCCCCGACGAGAGAAAAACAAACUAAUUUACCAAAGGCGAAUGAAAUGAAGGCGAUGUAGCAGGACUCCACGGCGGCGUCCGCUCGCAACUCUGAAAAUAUGAAUACCUCAUUCGCGAAAUCAGAUGAGUUUGCUUUUGGUUUCUAGGUCUUUUAUUUUUAUAACAACAUAUUUGUGUCUGUAAAUGUGACGCUAGCUUUGCUGCUAAGCGACCCGAUACCGCGAGGACUUCCUUCAGGCCGUGGGGGAGAAGGACAAGAGAAGCACCCGGUGGCGUGGAGCGACGAUGGCUACC